AUGUCUGCCGACGGUGGAGAACCAAAUCCUCUCAACAGCACAGGGCUAUGCUUGCUGUCUCUCGACGGCGGCGGCGUGCGUGGACUCUCAACACUCUACAUCUUGAAGAGCAUCAUGGAUCGGCUGAACUACGAACGCAAGUGCACUGCCAAUCUUCCACCAGCGAAGCCAUGCGAAGUAUUCGACCUUAUUGGAGGGACGAGCACUGGCGGCCUGAUUGCCAUCAUGCUUGGGCGACUCGAAAUGGACGUGGACGAGUGUAUUGCGGCGUACAGUGAUCUUGCAGAAGCUGUAUUCCACCAGAAGAAGAGCCGUUUACCUUUCAAUUUGAAGGGCAAAGUCCAGGCAAAAUUUGACUCCGCGAAACUCGAAAAAGCAGUCCGAGAGACGAUCAAAAACAAGAGUAUCUCCGGAACAGAGUUGUUUGAUAACGGGACUGAGCGAGGGUGUAGAACCUUUGUUUGUACUAUCGACCAAGACACUAAAAGUAUCGUCCGCCUACGAAGCUACACCCUACCCGAAGAGUCGAGUAUCCCAGCUACUAUAUGCCAAGCUGCGCUUGCGACAUCUGCUGCUACUACAUUUUUUGAACCCGUCCGUAUCGGAAAUCGAAUAUUUGCCGAUGGUGGGCUGGGUGCAAAUAAUCCGGUUGACGAGGUGGAAUGCGAAGCGAUGAACAUCUGGUGCUCAGAAUCUGCAGAUUUGAAGCCUUUGGUGAAGUGUUUUCUUUCGAUUGGCACAGGAAAUCCAGGGAUUCAAGCCUUUGAGGAGAGCAUCGUCAAGUUUCUUGGUCAGACUGUGGUUGACAUUGCGACUGGAACAGAAGAGACGGAGAAGAGGUUCAUAGCUAAGUGGCGAAAGCACUAUGAUGAGAACCGGUACUUCCGAUUUAACGUCGACCAGGGUCUGCAGACUAUUGGGCUUGACGAGUAUAAGAAGCAAGGUGCGAUGGAGGCCGCAACAGACCGGUAUCUAAUAAAUCAAGCACAGAAGAACCGUAUUCGGGAUUGUAUCCGGAACCUGAGUCUAAAGCAAAAGAAGUCUGAUACUUCUUUUGCUGGCUCUGUGAAUGCAUAUAUCGAACGCAAGAUAAUUGCAGCUACAAUUUCUAGUCACCGUCGAUUUAUGUAUCCUGCACUUGAGGUUCAUCACUAUAUUAUCCGCAACGGUCCUAUAGAGGCUAUCCAUCAGCAUUUCCAGACGCCACUAGAUAAACCCACGCCAACAGUCUUUGUGUUACUUGGUAUGGGCGGGUGUGGCAAAUCCCAACUUGCUCUUGAAUAUUGUCGGCAAGGAGAAAACAAGAAAUUGUUUUCUGCGGUGUUCUGGCUAGAUGCAAGCUCUCCAACAAGCAUAGCACAGUCUUUUGCCGACAUUGCGCAUGAACUGUUAAAGCCGAAUUUUGAUAUCGCAGACGAGAAAGGAAAUAUUCAAUUUGUUCUUAGACAAAUAAAGGCAUGGCAAUUCCGCUGGCUGCUCGUCUUUGAUAAUUUCGACGAUCCAAGCGCGUUUGGCGAUAGGAGUAUAAGGCAGUACUUCCCACAGAGUGGCUACGGUUCUAUACUUUUCACGUCUCGCCAUGCAGUGGCAAAGAACUUGGGCUCCUAUAUCGAGGUGACAAACAUGUCGGACGAUGAGGCACUGCAGCUGCUGCUCAAGAGAAGUCAGGUUGAUAGAACCGAUAGAAACAUACAAGAGGGGGAAGUUAUUGUCAAGCGACUUGGAUAUCAUGCACUCGCUAUUGACCAGGCUGGCGCUUAUAUCCUAGCACGCAGUCUCGACCUUGAUCUCUAUCUGACACAUUAUUCCGAGCGCAAGGAAAAGGUACUCAAUGAGGUGCCUGCAUUAUGGGAUUACCGCCGAAAAUUGAAGACAGAUCCUGAUGUCGAAACUAAGCUUACAGUGUUCACCACCUGGGAAUUGUCCCUUGAGUUGAUCAACGGAAUUCCAACGACACAAAAAGAUAAGGUCCACCUCCUGACCAUUGCCGCAUUUCUUGAUAGCAAAGAAGUCUCUGACGAUCUCUUCGGUUGCUACGGCUCUAGAAAUGUCGAUUGGAUGGCAUCUUGUAUGAGGGAUGGCGCUUGGGAUAAGUACGCGGUUCAAGACAUACUGAAAGAGCUUCAAAAUCUCUCGCUACUCCAGAGCUUGUACAUUGGGAGAAUGGAAACGAAGUUCUCGUUGCAUCCAAUGAUUCAAGAUUGGGUAAAGCUGCGAGUGAAUUCGGACGCUAGGUUGAAGUUUGCCUUAGAGGCGAUUCUGAUUCUUUCAACCUUUUUUGCAAUCCAUGACGUUAAUGAUUUAGCAUUUACCACGAAGCAAGCUUUGCUAUCUCACUUAGAAGUAGUACUUCAAAAUGAGAAUGAUUAUAAGAUCCUCCAAAGUAACCUCGAAGAGCCUAAGCUUCUAGAUGCUGCUGCCGUUUUUGGAUCAUUCUUUAACAGUCAGGGUCGAUAUAAGUUGUCUAAACAAAUGAAUUUACACGCGCUGAAAGGAAGGUCCUUGGUCCUUGGCCAAGACCACCCGGACACCUUGACUAGCAUGAACAACCUCGCUUUCCUGCUAAAGCGUCAAGGGAACUAUAGCGAAGCGGAGCCGAUCUACCGCCAGACGCUCGAGCUUUCAGAGAAAGUCCUUGGCCAAGAGCACCCAGAUACUUUGAUUAGUAUGAACAACCUCGCUUGCUUGCUAAAACAGCAAGGGAAUUAUAACGAAGCGGAGCCGAUCUACCGCCAGACGUUCGAGCUUUCAGAGAAGGUCCUUGGCCUAGAGCACCCGGACACUUUGAUUAAGCCGAUUUACCGCCAGACGCUCGAGCUUUCAAAGAAAGUCCUUGGCCUAGAGCACCCAGAUACUUUGAUUAGCAUGAACAACCUCGCUUUCCUACUAGAGUGUCAAGGGAACUAUAGCGAAACAGAACCGAUUUACCGCGAAACGCUCGAGCUUUUAAAGAAAGUCCUUGGCCAAGAGCACCCAGAUACUUUGACUAGUAUGAACAACCUCGCUUGCUUGCUAAAACAGCAAGGGAACUAUAGCGAGGCGGAGCUGAUCUACCGCCAGACGCUCGCGCUUCGGCAGAAGGUCCUUGGCCAAGAGCACCCAGAUACUUUGAUUAGUAUGAACAACCUCGCUCUCCUAGAGAAGGUCCUUAGCCAAGAGCACCCGGACACCCUGUCUAGCAUGAACAACCUCGCUAGCAUAUUAGAGAGCCAAGAGAAUACUAGUAGAGUACAGUAG